GAGAUACGAGAACAACAGGAGCGCUUCAAAGAAAAGAAGAAUCGCAAAGAUUAUUGGCUUUGCGAGGGAAUAGUUGUAAAAAUUAUCACUAAAAAACUGGGAGAUGAAUACUAUAAGGCAAAGGGUGUUGUGAAGUCAUUAAUCGACGAGUAUACGGCAAGUGUGAAGUUAGAUGAUGGAACAUUGGUGAAGUUAGACCAAACUCACGUUGAAACGGUCAUUCCCAGUAUCGGGCGUGAGAUGAAGAUCGUUAAUGGCGCGUACAGAGGAUGCACCGCGAAGUUGGAAAGUUUGGAUAAAGACAAUUUCUGUCUGAAUCUUUGCAUCUCGGAAGGCCCAAUGCACGGGCGAAGUGUGCGUGUUCCAUAUGAAGAUGCUAGCAAGCUAGCUUAUAUCAUGUCGCUAGAAAGCGAAGUUGUAAGAGGGAGUUUGAAACUAAAAAAGGGCGAUAUUUUCAAGAAGAAAAAGAAGAAGGUUGACCCAAAGAUGAUUGACUUGACUAUCAAGAAAGACGAGAAAACAAACACAGCGGGCAAAACUAAGGCAGAGAUUGCAUUUGAGAAACGAAGAGAACAGACUAUAUUUGAGCGAAUGCAGAAGAAAGCAGCUGUAAGUCAUCGUGAACGAGUGGAAGAGUUCAACAAGCAGAUGAGUGAAUUGACUGAAUUCAACGAUAUUCCCAAAGUUUCAUGGACUAAAUAGAC